ACUCUUAUAGUUCUACUAGACUUCCUUAUAGUGGGAGGCAAUGGAUCUCUUGUUCUCAUCUAUGCUGCUGGGUUGUUUUUCUCUGGCCACUCUGGUUCUUGGGUUGGACGACAAAUCAGGUAUCAUAAGCAUAGAUUGUGGGAUACCAGAAGGCUGCACUGAUGAGAUUACAAAAAUAUAUUACAGUUCUAAUGCACAAUUUGUGAACAGUGGAAUAAAUGGUGAUGAUACUACUAGUCCCUAAUGGACGGGUCGGGUUGAUCCACUCCCCCAACACCGUUGACCGGUCGCUUGGCUUGCAAAGAUACCUACACAAAAACCCAACGGGAAACAGGAGUCCCUCAGCGAACCCUCCGACGAGCAAGUUAGAAGAGAGAGAGAUUAAUGGUUUGUAGAGAAUAAAGUAACGAUGGGGAACUUAACCUUCUUUUUUCCUUAGAAACUUGUUUAUAUCCUUUGUUCAUCAUUUCCUUGUACACUCCGACCUAUCAUGUUGGUCGAAAGUCUAUGCUCUAGCUUACUUUGUUCAUGGUGAGACCGUUCUAUUCUGAUAUGAAGGGGUUAUCGCAUUAAAUGCUAUAGGGGACCUCAUUAAUGGCUGAUGUGUGGUGCAAAAACUCUGCAGGAUCUUUGUCUGCUUACGUGGCUGGUUCUUCUCUUGACAAGUGUUUAGAUGCCAUUGGUUCUUGAUGUAACAUUGAGUUCUAGUAAUGUUGGGCUUUAGUGUUUGAAUCGUGUAUUGGGCUUUAAGUGGUGGGUCAAAAGCCUCUAUGGACCCACCUAUUUCAGUAGUCCCCCAUUCCCAAGUGCAGCUUCAGUCCAACGAAGGGAAUAAUGAAGAAGAUGGGGAUUGUGUGUGGCCGAGUGAGAGAAAACUGACUGGGAGGAGGGCCAACCGCAAAGGGUGACCGAGCGAGAAGACCGACUGGGAGAAGGACUGACCGCAAAGGGUGACCGAACGAGAAGUCCGACUGGGAGGAGGGCCGACCGCAAAGGGUGACCGAACGAGAGGACUGACGAAGAGGAGGGCCAACUGCAAAGGGUGACCGAACGAGAAGUCCGACUGGGAGGAGGGCCGCCCGCAAAGGGUGACCGAAUGAGAGGACCGACUGAGAGGAGGGUCGACCGCAAAGGGUGACCGAAUGAGAGGACCGACUGAGAGGAGGGCCGACCGCAAAAGGUGACCGAGUGAGAAGACCGAUUGGGAGGAGGAAAUGGCGGCGUGCGGGGAUCGAGGAGCGGCGGGGUACGUGGUGAUGUGAAGUGGAAUAAACAGGGAAGGGGAAGAGAGUAGUGGAUUGCAGUCGUACACGUGGCAUAAUCUCGUAAGAAGGGAGGUGAUGCAUUAGCAGGAAACGAAGGAAUAGGCUAAUAUAGGGCGUUGAAAAGACGGGGGCGGAAGUUUUCGAAAAUUUUCAAACUGGCGAAAUUGAAUCUCGAUCCUUGGAAUAUAGGGAAACUAUGGGCAUUUGGAGUUAUUCGUUUUACUUACCUUGUCACAAAAAACCAACACAUCCCAGAGUUGCAAUCGUUUGUUUCGUGUGACACACCGCUGCGACACUUUGCGAACUUCCUUUUGAUAGCGUCUGAAGCGAUACGCAGACACGUAGAAGGGAUGGCUUGAGAUGAAGUGCCAACUAUGAGGCUAGAUGCACUGGGGGAGGGCGAUGCAGUGGGGUUGGCUGAACAAUACAGAAUAGAGAGGAGGGAGGAAAGGGGGGCCGGACAAACGGUGCGGGCUCAUCCAGCGACGAUGAUUGUAGCCGCUAGGUCAAUUAGCCAAGUGGAACCGAACCACUGGCAUACUAAGGCCGACAAAUCUACAUUCACGGCAUAAGAAUUGAAGGAGGUACGAAGGAAGUACCAAAUUCCGGCGGAGUUAGAGCUAAGGUUGUCCAUGUCUAAGAAGAGGGCAUCGGACGCACGACCGAUGGAAUUCACGUUAUAUGAAGAGGCACUACCGGGGGAAGCUGAGGCUGCCGCUCCCCCAAGUAGUGGUGGACGUAUUGAAUCGACUUGAGGUGGCACCAAGGCAGCUGAUGCCCAACGCAUGGAAGAUACUAAUGGCUUGCGCGGUCGCAUGGCCACAGGCGACCAGGGGAGUGGCUAUGACGGUAGAGGAAUUCUUCUCCUACUACAAGGCCUCCGGUCAGCAAGAAACGUGGGUGACCUUGCAAGCGGUGGCGGGUCGUGGUCUAGUGGCAGGCUUGCCAUCUUCGGUGAAGGGGUGGAGGCUGAGAUGGUUCUAUGUAUCGGCGAACGGUGGGAGAGGGGUUUGCACAAUGUGGAAAGUCCCGACAAAGUCAGUGGAGCCAAGGCUGGAUGCGGAAGCUGAGAAUAGGGUAAAUAUGGUGAAAGAGUAGAGGGAGAAGGAGGAGGCAAAGUGGGAUAACCUGAUCCAACCUUCAACCCUGUUUGCCUUGAGCCUGGGGCCACAGCCGAUGGAGGAGGAUCCAGCGCGGGAGGAGUUGGAGGCGAGGAGGAAGGCGGAGGAGGCAGAAGAACAAAGAGCGUUCGCCAAAGUGGACAAAUAUAAGGAGGCACGGUUGGGGCCUGCACCUAAACUGGUGAUGAGGGAGUGGGUCCGACCGCGUCCCAAACCGUUAGGAGACAAAGACCUAACCGACUUUGCCCCACUUCCGCCCUUAGUAGACCUGUUGAAGGAGAAGGGCAAACAGGAGAUGGAGGCAGUGUUAAAGAAAACGAAGAAAAAGAGGGCGGCGGCAGAAGGAAGUAAGGACGCCUUUGUCUUGAAGAAAAUGAAGGAGGGGAGGGUAGAGGAGGCUCCAGAAAGGGAGACUGCCCAAGUGGUGAAAGAAGACAUGGGCCCAAGUGCCCAAGUGUUAAAAGAAGACAUGGGCCCAAGUGCCCAAGCGGCGGCGACGGUGGGGCCUGUGGUAGAAGUAUCACCCAGUCCAGGUGAAGGGAAUACUAGGAUUAGUAAACCAGAGACGAGCGCUGCGUUGAAAACCGCCAUGUACCACGCGUGCGCGUUGGCAGGUUGCUCGACAGAAGAAGGGGGGGAAGCUAGGGUCGCAGCCGACUGCCUCGUUGGAGUGGUGGAGGACACGACUGUGUGGUCGAUGGCGCGGUUGACAAAGGUCGACUUCUUGAGAGGGUUUUGCUCGGCCCAGAUGGAGGUAGCGACCGUGGCGGCUGCCCUGAUGAAUAAAGCAACGCGUGCGAAGGUGGAGGUAGAGCCGCUGAGGGCCCAGCUGGAAAGGGUGAAGGCACAGCUACAGAACCUAAGGGUUAAGAUAGCGACUGGAGGAAGACCGCUCGGAGUGCGUGUGCAAAGGGGCUGGAGUGUGCGCAAAGGGCAAAGAAGAUGGAAGUACUUGCGGUGGUGCAGAGCUACUCAGCAGAGCGUACUGGUGCCGAGCUCUUCGUGACCAAAUCAGAGCUGGAAGCGAAACGCCACAAGGUGGUAUUGCUAGAGUUCGAGCUGGCGGCCGAGAAGAGGAAGCUAGACCUGGUCCAACAAGCCUACACCACUGCCAAUUACCAACAAUGAAGAACUGCACGACCAGGCAAUCAAAGACAAAGAAAAGAUAGAUGGUUAGAUCACAGAGUUGGAGAAGGCCCUGGCAGAAGAGAGGGCCAAGUUAGCAUCUGAAAGGGCGACGUACCCCGACUUGUGCAUGGCGGAAGUGGAGCAAUUCAAGGGGUUCACCGAGUUCCAGAUCGCCAUUAAUGCUGCGGUUGCCAGGAGCAUAACGAAGGAGGGGGAAUGGGGUGCUAGGCCAUCUAGAGUGGCCGCUAGAGGGAGGAGCGAAGAAGAAGUGGGAGGAGUGAAGAAGAAGUGAUCCAAAGCUUCCAGUGGUUAGACUUCUAAAAGCACGAGAUGAGUCAGUAUUGGGACAGUGGCUGGAUGAGCUUCAAGUAUAAGGCACAAGAGUUGUUCCCAAGUGUGGACUUCAGUCUCGUGAAGGUAGGGGAAGACGACGUUGCCCAAACCCCCUUGGAUAAGGGGAUUGAAGAAAAAGAUCUCGCCUACAGCGAGGGGGAGUGAUCUCUGUAA